UUCCAUUCGCCCCACCCAGCUGAUGGCGCUCCCUGGUGGUCUUGUCUGUAAAUCUGGAAAACACCCCCUUUCUCCCAGACGGCAAACAAAAAUUAUAAGGCGGCGAUCGGGUUUUAGAGAGGGGCAGGACAGCCUCAGUCAAUGGGUUAUUUUCGGCUGUAGUUAAUAAUCACUGUGUGGUCCAAACGGUGUCUGCUGGAGCUGCUGCCGGUGGAGGCGGAUGCUGAUGCUGCGUUGCUUGGUUGCACGGACUGACUGAGAUGCUGAGCACGGGCCGAGCCUGUGUCACAUCCCCCUGUGUCGUAGAUGGAGACUAAAGCCUGAAGAGCCCGCAGGAUAGAAACCAGCCGACGAAAGCAACAGUUUUUCACUGUUAAACUGCAGGACCGCAGGAAGAAAAGGAGGGGGAGGAGGAGGAGGAGCAGUGGCAACGACAUGUUCUGAGCAGAGAACCGGCGAGCGGCGGCGGCUGGAGGAAUGAAGGCUGUGAGGAGACCGAGUAAGACGCGGCUUCUCCCGCGGUUCUGCGUGUGUGGAGUCGGUCUGCUCGCAACAGCGUGGCUCUUACACUUGAACGAUAUUACAGGCUCCCGUGGACUUGAUGUUGACCAUGAUCUCUUGCAUAAGAGAGAGCUCACCCAGCAAAAAGAAACCAACAACCAGAACGACAGUAUUUCUAGAGCUGCUAUUAAUGAGUUCCCUGAAGAUAUUUUUACUCCAGAGCAGAGAAGACAAGGAGCAGUUCUUCUGCAUGUUCUGUGUGCAAUCUAUAUGUUUCAUGCCCUGGCCAUAGUGUGUGACGUUUACUUUGUUCCUUCAUUGGAGAAAAUAUCUGAGAACCUUCAGCUCAGUCAGGAUGUUGCCGGAGCAACCUUCAUGGCAGCUGGAAGCUCCGCCCCCGAGCUCUUCACUUCUCUGAUUGGGGUGUUUAUCACAAAAGGAGACGUAGGUGUAGGAACUAUUGUGGGAUCUGCUGUCUUCAACGUCCUCGUCAUCAUCGGCAUCUGCGGCAUCUUCUCCAAACAGCCCAUCUGUCUGAGCUGGUGGCCGUUGUUUCGUGAUGCGGUUUUCUACAUCUUAUCCAUACUGGUGCUAAUUCUGGUGAUCUACGAUGAGAAGGUUUUGUGGUGGGAGACCAUCAUACUGAUCUCCAUGUAUGGAAUUUAUAUCAUCAUCAUGAAGUUUAACAGGUCUCUGUGCAGCCUGGUGGAGACCCACUGCAGCAGAGAAGGUCAGCCGUGUCUCAGCAGCCUGCGGCGGACAACUGCGGUUGGAAACAUCGUAGACUGUGAUAACGACAUGGUGCCGCUGAAGCCAGACUCAUGUGUGGUGGCUGGUCAGGACUCAGGGGUGACGAUGGUGGAUGAGCUGAUGAAGCAGCAUCCUCACCAGCUCUCCUUCUCAGAGGCAAGCCUCCGCCUUCUCAUCACCCCGCAUUUCCCCCCCCUCACCCGCUUGCGCAUGGCAGGACGCAUGGUCAUCAAUGAGAGGCAGAGGCUGAUUCGAGCUCGGGUCAGCCCAGAGGAGGGGGCGGCCUCAGGGGAGGAAGGUUCUGGAGCCAACAGGUUAUGUGGGAGGGAGAACGGGUCGCUGGCUCAGGGGGACAAGCAGAUGGUGGAUGGAGAGACAGAGAGGAGCAAAGAGAGUUUUGAAGGGGCCAGUGGAGGAGCACCAUCUAAGGAAGAAGAGGAAGAUGAGGAGGAGCAGGAGGAAGGGGAGGGGGAGAGUACUCCUUUUAAACCAUUUAUCCUGCCAGACAGUUGGUGUUCUGGUCUGAAGUGGCUGCUCUCAUGGCCAAUCAGUGUCCUGCUUUACUGCACCAUCCCUGACUGUAACCUGCCACGGUGGCAGCGCUGGUACCUGUUCACCUUCCUCUCCUCCACCCUAUGGAUCGCUCUCUUCUCCUACCUCAUGGUCUGGAUGGUACGACACACACAGAAAUGGACAUAGCUAAG